UCAUGCGCUUAAAUCAGAGCAAAAUAAGUCACUAUGACAAGCAAUUAAAUAUAUGUGAAAUUAUAUAGAACACAAAUUUUAAAGACCUAGAUGAAUCGGUCUAUAUUUGUGAUCUAAGCAGUGUGGAACAAAAGUUAUAUCUGUGGCAGAGAUAUUUGCCACGUAUAAAACCUUACUAUGCGGUUAAAUGUAAUAACGAUCCAAUGAUCAUAAAAACAUUGGCAGAUUUAGGCACUGGAUUCGAUUGUGCCUCCAAAAAUGAGCUGAAACUGGUUCUUGGGUCAAAGGUGUCACCAGAACGUAUCAUAUUUGCCAAUCCUUGUCGUCCUAUCAGUCAUGUGGAGUAUUCCCGUCAGCAGAAGGUCUUCGAUGUCACUGUGGACAAUGAGUUUGAGGUGUAUAAACUACACAAACACUAUUCCAACUCAAAUUUAAUCUUGCGAUUUAAAAGCGAAGCCAAGGCUGCCAAGUGCCCGCUUGGGGAUAAAUUUGGCUGCGAUCCGAAUGUUAAUGCCGCAGCCUUGUUGCUGCUGGCCAAGGCUCUCGAUCUCAAAGUUACUGGCUCUAGUUUCCAUGUGGGCUCCGGAUGCAGUGAAUUUGCUGCCUACGAUCGUGCCAUUGGAAAGGCGAAACAAAUCUUUGAUUUUGGUAAACUGAUUGGGCAUAAAAUGAGUCUAUUGGACAUUGGCGGUGGCUUUCCCGGUGCAAAUGAUGAAGAGUUCGAAAAGAUAGCGAACGUUGUUAAUCAGUCGGUGGAGCGUGAUUUUCCUGACCCAGGAAUUCAAAUAAUUUCGGAGCCAGGUCGAUUUUUUGUGGAAAGUGCUUUCACUUUGAUCUGCAAGAUUCAUGCCAAACGUGAAGUGCGCCAUCCAAAUAACGGCAAACUGGAAUUGAUUAUGUAUUACCUCAACGAUGGAGUCUUUGGUUCAUUUAAUAAUGUCAUAUCUUACAAUGAGUUCGUUUUACCACAUCAUUAUUUGGAUCGGAGCAAACCCGUUCCCCUAUAUAAAUCUCUUUUAUGGGGUCCAACCUGUGAUGCAGUUGAUAAGAUUUCAGAGCACAUAUUCUUGCCACAUUUGAAACUUGGCGAUCUUAUCGGUUUUCAUAAUAUGGGAGCCUAUACUUUUCCAAUUGCCUGUGAAUUUAAUGGUUUCAAAGUGCCCAAGAUUUUAUAUUUUCAAGCAAACAAAGAAAAUAAUUCGAAUGAAUGUCAAAUAAAGUAAUUGUUACUGCCUUGAUUCCUGGAUGAUUUCUUUAAGUGCAACUUUAAGUACAUUAAAUUUGCUCCAAACUGAUAUUAGU